UUCUGGCUCACUACACACCAGAAACGUUGUCAGGCUUUCCUUUCGGCAGGUAAAGUCGAAGAAGCCCUUAAAUCACACCAACAUAUGAUGGACGCCAUCGACAAGACUGAGAAGGCCAGCUGCCUCGAUUGGUCGAACGACUUCAAGGAACAUUGUAGCGCACUUGCUGCUCGUGAUGACCGUAUUCUUGGCAGAGAUUCCGGGGCAAGAUCAAGAUGGCUAUGAUGCAGAACCUGAUUUCUUCCGGGGCAUGCAUGGCCAUCCUCAAACAUCCAGACCACGACCUCAACAGCGCCCCGGGCUCUUCAAGAAACUCAGGCUCGCUGUGACAAAGCGCUCUCCUCCUCCUCCUGUACCUGCACCCACACCAGUACCGCCUACCGCACUACCACCUGCCGCUGCUCCCACGACCUUCAAAGCCCACGUACGACACUUAUUCACCUGGCGACCCGAUCAUGCAGCACCACCCGUUGUCGACGUUCCUUUCGCGAAGGGCAAAGAGCGCAAUGCUGCAGCGGAUGCUCCUGGGAGAGACGAGGACUUAGUGCCUGACGAAUAUUUUGAUGAUUUUCCGCAGGACCCCAAUUCUACACAACGGCCCAACACACAAGAACCCAACACACCACAGCGACAGCAGCCAGCAGCAACGUUGGUAGACACUGGGGAACAUGUAGGUGGCAAGUCGUGUUGCUGCUGCUAGCGUCUUUCUUGGAUGUCCUCGGGUAUUUCAGUUCCGUUAUUGCUCUUGUUUGUUGCGAUAUCUAUGUUGACUUGAGGCAGUAUUUUAUCACCUUAUCCUUCAGGUUUCUUCUUGUUCCUAUUCAUAGCUAAUUUGCGGGCGCGAGCUUUGAUGAAAAUCGUUUAUAUGCUGACAAGACUCAUGACUAGCUACCAGUUUGCGAUGUGCUGCCUAACUCUAAGCGCGUACCCGUCCACGAGGGCGAUCUCACUGCUGAUCCUAGUUUACCAGCUGCUAUUGCAGAUCUGAAACUCUAUCAACGGAAAAUCAUACUUG